ACUACUCUGAGGAGAAAAAGGUGAAACUAGCAGCGAUGGAAUUUACUGAUUACGCUGUGGUGUGGUGGGAUCAGCUUGUGCUUAGUCGACGUAGAAAUCGAGAGCAUCCUGUUGACACUUGGGAAGAGAUGAAGGCUGUGAUGAGAAAACGAAGUGUUGAGGAUUAUCACAAGGAGAUGGAAAUCACAAUGGUCAGAGAAAAUGUCGAAGAGGAUAGAGAAGCAACAAUGGCACGGUUUCUGCAUGGUUUAAAUCGUGAUAUAGCUAAUGUGGUGGAGCUGCAGCAUUAUGUGGAAUUGGAAGAUAUGGUGCAUAUGGCAGUGAAAGCAAAACGGCAACUCCAGUGUAAAGGAGCCACUAGCAGAACUGGGCAAAAUUCAGGUUCCUCAUCUUCUUGGAAACUGAAUUGGAGCAAAAAGGAAGAAAAUUCUGUUUUUAAGCCUAAAACUGCAGCAUCUAAGUCCAAAGAAGUUGGCAGCAAUGAGAAGAGUAAAACAGAUAAUAUGCAAGGCAAAACCCGAGACAUCAAGUGUUUUCGAUGCUUGGGAAGAAGGCAUAUUGCAUCGCAAUGCCCUAAUAAGCACACGCUGAUCUUGAAAGAGGAUGGAGAAAUUGAAACAGAGGGUGAAUCUGAUGAUGACUCUAUGCCACCAUUGGAAGAUGCUGAUGAUGGCAUGGAAUAUGCUGUUGAUGGAGAACUGCUUGGCACUAGGCAAGCUUUAAAUGUGCAAGCCAAAGAAGAUGAUGAAGUACAAUGUGACAAUAUAUUUCACACGAGGUGCAAUGUCAAAAACAAGGUAUGUAGUGUGAUUAUUGAUGGUGGUAGUUGUACUAAUGCAGCUAGCACUGUUUUGGUUGAAAAGCUUAAUUUACCUAUGAUGAAGCAUCCAAGGCCAUAUAAACUGCAAUGGUUAAAUGAUUGCGGAGAAAUCAAGGUAAAUAAGCAAGUUCUGGUUUCAUUCUCUAUUGGACGAUAUAAGGAUGAGGUGCUGUGCGACGUGGUUCCCAUGCAUGCUGGACAUUUACUUUUGGGGAGACCAUGGCAAUAUGAUAGUGUUGUUAAAUCUCUUUUGCAGGACUUCAAGGAUGUGUUUCCAGAUGAUGUUCCUAAUGGUUUACCACCAGUAAGAGGAAUCGAGCAUCAAAUUGACUUCAUUCCUGGUGCAACAAUUCCAAACCGACCAGCAUAUCAAAGCAAUCCCAAUGAGACGAAAGAACUUCAAAGGCAGGUCGAAGAACUCAUGAAAAAGGGACAUAUUGUUUUUUUAGGGUAUGUUGUUUCAGCUGAUGGAAUUGCAGUAGACAAAGAAAAGAUUAAGGUUAUUAAAGAAUGGCCAACACCUAAGAAUAUUUCUAAGGUGCGGAGUUUUCAUGGUUUGCCAAGUUUCUACUGGAGAUUCAUCAAGGACUUCAGCACAAUUGCAGCUCCAUUGACUAAAAUCAUGAAAAAAAGUGUUGGAUUUAAGUGGGAAAGUGAACAAGAGAAUGCUUUCAAUUUCAUUAAGGAGAAUUUAAUUUCUGCACCAUUACUUGCUUUACCAGAUUUUACUAAAAUUUUUGAAAUUGAAUGUGAUGCAUCAAGUAUUGGCAUUGGCGCUGUUUUGAUGCAAGAGCGACAAACUGAGCAAUAUGCAAAUCAGGCCAACAAAGGGUGCAAGGAAGUUGUUUUUGAACCUAGAGAUUGGGUGCAUAUGCGGAAGGAGCGAUUCCCUGCACAAAGGCAUUCUAAGUUGCAACCAAGAGGCGAUGGACCAUUUCAAGUGAUUGCAAGGAUAAACAACAAUGCAUAUAAGUUGGAGCUUCCUGGUGACGAUUUGAGGACAAAUCCUUUUGAGCAGAGAGGGAAUGAUGGGAAUCAAGACAACAGCAUAUCUACCACGUCAUGUGAUCCAUUACACACCCAAGGAGGUCCAGUCACGCGAGCUAAAGCUAAGAAGAUGCGUGAAGCUAUAAAUGGCCUUAUUGAGCAGAUUUGGGUUGAAAACAACAUACAACAAGCAAAUCGAAGCUUGGAUGAUUAUCAAGGCAUGAUAAACAUCAUUCAGGUUCAAGAGAAGCUUAAUUGAGG